AUGUCAUCCCACGACAAGGCGAGGGCUUCCAGCGGGAAGGCCUCGUCCUUCUUCCACCGAUCCAAGAACAAGGUCGACAAGCGAACCACGGCCAACGAUGCCCAAUACUUGGCCACCGACAACGACGGUGCCAGCUCUGUACACUCGCGCAGCUCGCGCCACCAACGAGAGUCCUCGGUCAUCUCUCUCGAUCGCCCAGACUCAUCCGGCUCCGGCAUCAAUAACAUGGCCGGAGUCAUGACCACAAUCCCAUACGAUGCCGUCCCGAGCGGCCGCCGCUCGCCCGUUCCCGUGGAAUAUCUCCCACAAGGCGAUCAGAUGCCCAUUCGACUUCAACCGCACCACUUAAACAAGGCCACCAGCGAUUUUCAUCAGUACCCAACUUUUGAUACCCCUCAGCAUGCUUCUAGUCCUAACCUCAGCACACCGCGCGUGCCCGCACACGCCUCUCCGAGCAUAUCUAAUAUCACAAUGGCUACCACAGGCCGCCAGGCCCAAUUUCAACAAUGGGGACCGCCGCGAGAGGGCGGAAGUUCCAACAAUUCCCGCUACAAUUCAUACAUGACGACCACAACCAGGAGCUCUGGAGACAACGCAAGCAUCAUGUCAGGUAAUACAGGAUCCUACCAUGACCAGGCCCAGGCCCAAGGACACAAUCGCUUAUCAAGAACAGCUUUGCCAAGCGCCUCUUCGCAGUCUUCCUUUUUGUCGCCGCACUCCCCCGCUCCCAGGGACGCCCGCAAUACCAAGUUCCCGUCCGGAUUCCCGAACAGCGACGGUUUCCAGUUUCCAAGGCCCACCGACGAAUCGAUCAUCGAGCAAAUGUUCCUUGCGCUCAUGCAAAAAAGAGGAUGGCACAAUCUUCCGGACCAGGCCAAACGACAGAUGGUGGCAUACCCAGCCGACAAGAAAUGGACCCUCAUCUACCAGGACCGGCUUGCCGAGUGGCAGGGCGACCAGAAACGGAGACAGACCGCCAGGACAGGUCAGUACAGCAAUGUUGAUCUGACCCAGCUGCCAGACGAAGAGGGAAGCCCCGAAUGGUACGUGCGCAAGGUUAUGGAAAAUGCGCUCGACUCGAAGGGCUUGGGCAGUUUGGAGGUCAACCUGCGGACGCAGCAGAUCGGCUGGGUGAAGCGGUUUAUCGAGUGCCAGGGUCAGGUUGCUUUGACGAACGUGCUGCUCAAGAUCAACCGGAGGACGGUCAACGGCCCGACUCAGGACUCUGGAAAGGGCGACAAGAACCUCGAUAAGGAGUACGACAUUGUCAAGUGCCUCAAGGCGUUGAUGAACAACAAGUUUGGAGCGGAAGAUGCGCUGGCCCACCAGCAGGUCCUUGUGGCCUUGGUUGUGUCUUUGAUAUCGCCUCGGCUGACGACCCGGAAGCUGGUCAGCGAAGUGUUGACCUUUUUGUGCCAUUGGAACGAGGGCAAGGGGCAGCUCAAGGUGAUUGAGGCGAUGGACGUGGUCAAGAAUCAGCAAGGAGAAAACGGGAGGUUUGAUGCCUGGAUGCGCCUUGUGGAGGUCACCAUUGAUGGGCGGGGCAAGAUGGGCAGCUUGGUCGGCGCGAGCGAGGAGGUACGCAGCGGUGGCAUCGGCAUGGAGAACCUGCUGAUGGAAUACGCCGUGGCCACGCUCAUCUUGAUCAACAUGUUCAUCGACGCCCCUGAAAAGGACCUCCAGAUGCGUGUGCAUAUUCGUGCGCAGUUUACGGCAUGCGGCAUCAAGCGGAUGCUGAACAAGAUGGAGGCGUUUCAGUACGACCUCAUCGACAAGCAGAUCGAGAGGUUCCGAACCAACGAGGCCAUUGACUAUGAGGAUAUGUUUGAGAGGGAGAACAGCAGUAUCAAGGACAGCGUGGAGGGGGAAGUCAGGGACCUCAAUGACCCAGUACAGAUUGUUGACGCUAUUCAGCAGCGGCUGAAGGGGAGUAAAACGCAGGAUUACUUCAUCUCGGCUUUGCAGCAUUUACUUUUAAUCAGGGAGAAUGAUGGCGAGGAACGGUUGCGCAUGUUCCAGCUGGUGGAUGCCAUGUUGAGUUAUGUGGCUAUGGAUCGGCGUUUGCCGGAUAUGGACCUGAAGCAAAGCCUGAAUUUUACUGUGCAAAACCUUCUCGACAAGCUGCAUACCGACUCGGAAGCUCGACAGGCUUUCGAUGAAGCUACUGAGCAACGGCGCAUUGCCGAGGCUGCCCUGGCAGAGCGCGAUGAGCUUAGAGAAAGGAUAGCGAUGGGCGCCGAUGGCCUCGUGGCCAAGCUUCAGAAGCAGAUUGAUGAACAGGCCAGGUUUAUCGAUGCUCAAAGACGACAGGCCGAGGGUCUCAAGUCUGAGAUGGAUAACCUCCAGACGCUCAGAGCGAAGGAGGCCCAGCGUUACGAGUUGGAAACACGCGAGCUGUAUCUCAUGCUUCGCGAUGCCCAGGAUGUUGCUGCUUCCAACGCUGCCAAGGGUAACAAGCUCGGGGAGGAGGAUCCAGCUGCCAUGAAGGGCAUUUUGGAUCGCGAGAGGCUCAUGAGCCGUCUUCAGAUGCAGCUUGAGCGACAAAAGACGGUGUAUAAGCUGGAAGGCAGAGUCUGGGGAGAGUCUGUGGGUCCAUCAGACAGACUACGUGCUCUGCGUGAGGAGAUGGAUGGCUUUGGCGGUGCGGCUGAUCAUCCUGACGGUCCCGCUCCCAGAGACUUCACCAAUAGCAUGCUCGGCAGUGUCAAGAGGUCAACCAGGAUACCGCGGAAACCUCUUGGACCUCGUGGUGAGCGGCAAGCGACAGAGGGUGACGUACUGGAAGAGGAUAUCGAUGAGGAAGAUGAUGCCAUCAUUAUCGAGAAGCCUCGCCUGGUUGAGUACAAGCGGCCUGUAUUAGAUCCCAAGAAGGCUGCUGGCAUGUUCAACGAGCUCCAGGGCAAGGUGCAGCGAUACGAUGCCAGUGACUCCGAAGACAACGAUGGCAUCACUACCGGUCCUUCCCAUCCAAGCUUGGAGGCACAGGCUCCUGCUACUCCCAGCGACAAUGAGCCGCCCAAGAUUCGGAUCACGGACACCACACCAGCGGCUCCUGCCCCUCCCGGCCCGGCUGCUGGCGGUCCUCCACCACCGCCUCCUCCUCCCCCCCCGCCCAUGCCCGGGAGACUUCCGGGAGCUCCUCCACCAAUUCCAGGUGCUGCUCCUCCAGCAGCCGGCGGCCCUCCUCCGCCGCCUCCACCGCCGCCUCCCCCCAUGCCUGGCAAACUGCCCGGUGCUCCCCCUCCGGUGCCGGGUGCUGGUGGGCCACCACCUCCUCCUCCGCCACCUCCCCCUCCUCCCAUGCCCGGCACGGGCGGCGUGCCUCCUCCGCCGCCACCGCCCCCGCCUAUGCCUGGUAUGAAGGGUAUGCCGGCACCUCCACCACCGCCCAUGCCUGGUGGAAUGUCAGGCCACUUUCUGUCCCGAAACCAGAACCUUGCUCCCGCCGGACCCUCUCUCGGCUUGUCGAUUGUUCGGCCUAAGAAGAAGCUCAAGGCUCUCCACUGGGAGAAGGUCGACUCACCGCUCACCACCCACUGGGCCGCUCACACCCCCUCGGCCGAAGACAGAGAAGAGAAGUACCUGGAGCUUAGUCGCAAGGGCAUUCUGGACGAAGUCGAGAAGCUGUUCAUGGCGCGAGAAAUCAAGGCUCUAGGAGGAGGGCAGGCCAAGAAGGACGACAAGAAGCAGAUCAUCUCUAACGACUUGCGCAAGGCUUACGAAAUUGCCCUCGCCAAGUUUUCUCAGCUGUCUGUGGAGAAGGUGGUGCAGAUGAUUAUCCACUGCGAUCCCGAGGUUCUCGACAACCCGGUCGUGAUGGACUUUUUGCAAAAGGAGGACCUGUGCAACAUUCCGGACAGCACGGCCAAGCUGUUGGCGCCGUACAGCAAGGACUGGACGGGGCCCGAGGCGGACAAGGAGACGCGCGAGCAGGAUCCGGCCGAGCUGACGAGGCAGGAUCAGAUUUAUCUCAUGACUGCCUUUGAGCUGCAUCACUAUUGGCGCAGCCGGAUGCGCGCCCUGUCGCUGACGCGCAAUUUCGAGUCGGAGUAUGACGAGAUCACGGAAAAGAUGAGGACUGUGGUUGGGGUCUCGGAGUCGCUUAGGGACUCGGUCGCGUUGAUGAAUGUUUUGGGACUGAUUCUUGAUAUCGGCAAUUACAUGAACGACGCGAACAAGCAGGCGAGGGGGUUCAAGCUCUCAUCCUUGUCGCGGUUGGCGAUGGUGAAGGACGACAAGAACGAGUCGACGCUGGCGGACCUGGUGGAGAGGAUUGUCCGGAACCAGUACCCCGAGUGGGAGAACUUUACGGGGGAUAUCAACGGGGUGUUGGUGGCGCAGAAGAUCAACAUUGAGCAGCUGCAGCAGGACGCGAAGAAGUAUAUUGACACCAUCGCCAGCGUUCAGAGGAGCUUGGACAGUGGGAACUUGUCGGAUCCGAAGAAGUUUCACCCCCAGGAUCGGGUCGCGCAGGUGGUGGGACGGUGCAUGAAGGAUGCGAGGAGGAAGGCGGAGCAGAUGGAGGUUUAUCUGGAGGAGAUGGUCAAGACGUACAAUGACAUUAUGGUGUUUUAUGGGGAGGAUCCGACGGAUGAGAAUGCCAGACGGGAUUUUUUCAGCAAGCUGGCGGGGUUUAUUAAUGAGUGGAGGAGGAGUCAUGAGAAGAAUGAGGCUUUGGAGAGGCAGAGGAAGUUGAAUGAGCAGCAGCUGAAGAGGAAGAAUGCGGCGAUGAAGGCGCUGCAGGAUAGAGAGGGGGGAGGGGGAGGGGGUGGUGGCGGGUUGGCUAGUCCUACCAGCACGGGGGCGAUGGAUAGUUUGAUGGAGAAGUUGAGGGCUGCGGCGCCGCAGGCUAGGGAUCAGAGGGAUAGACGGAGGAGGGCGAGGUUGAAGGAUAGGCAUCAGGUGAGGGUUGCCAGUGGGCAGAAGCUGCCUGAGCUGGGGAGCGGGGUUAGCGGGGGGGAGGGGGGGGGUGGUGCUGGGGAGGUGAAUGGAGAUGGUGGGGAGGGAGGGUUGGAACGGGUGAGGAGUAAUGAGACGGCCGAGGGGGGUGGUGGUGAGGCUGAGGGUGGUGCUGGGAGGAGAGGCAGCAAACCUGAUGUUUUGGUGCCGACGAAGGAAGUCACGGCGGAAAACGACGCAGGAGAAGACGAUGUUGCUCAGCGGGCGGCGUUGUUGCUGCAGGGUUUCAGAGGGGGGGGUGAUGGGGUUAAUGAUGGGGACGAUGCGGAAAAGAGGGAGAAUUUGAGGAGGUCGAGAAGGAAAACGGCCGAUGAUGAAAGGCGGGCGAGGAGAAUGAGGAGGGAAAAGGCGCAUAGCACGGUCAGCAACGGGGGUGAUUCUGCUGCCAGCACGGUUGGGGAUGGGGAGGUUAUUGGGGGGGAUGUACCGCCUACGCCGAGCGCCGAGGAGUUUGCUGCUGCUGCUGCGGCGGCGGGGGUGGAGUUGACUAGUAUGGGGGGAGGGAAUACGGCGAAUGGGAAUGGAAGUGCGUAG